AGCCUGCGCCGGCCCGCCCGCCGCGCGCCGCCGGGGAGGCCGCGCGCGCUCGCGCUCGUGCAUGCCGCACGCCCGCCCGCCGGGUCGCGGCGCCGGCGGGGGCCUGGCAGCGGCCUGCGGGAGCGGCGGUGCGCGCCGGGGCUCCCGGCCAGGGCGGCGCCCGCCGGGGCGGCCUGCGCGGUGCGCCCCGCGGCCUUGGCGGGUCCACCGCCCUGAAGGGUGGCGCGCCGACCCCGGUGCCGCGGCGACCAGCUAGCUGGGCGCCCCUUGGGGGAGCGGGGCGGCCGGCAUGGGCACCGCGUACGACGCCGCGACCGUGGACAGCAUCUGCAGGCGGCUUCGGGGCCUGGUGCAGGAGGCGUUCCAGAGGCACCUGUACACGACGGCUGUGUUCUAUGCCGACAAGCUGGUGUCCCUGAAGCACGAGCCCGAGGACCUCUACACCCUGGCGGAGUGCUACUACAAGAACGGGGAGCACCGCCGCGUGCUGCACCUGCUGAAGAAGCACGGCGAGGUCACCCGAGGCGACGCCCGCCUGAAGCUCUUGGCGGUGCAGAGCCUGAUGGAGGCCAAGGACUGGGACGAGUGCCUCAGAUACCUGGAGGACGUUGCGCCGGCCGACAGCCUGGCGAACUCCGACGGGAGGACGGGGUCCGUCUUCGCGUUGCUGCGAGGCAGGGUGUUCGAGGCGCUGGAGAACCUCGAGAGCGCGCUGGUCUGGUACGAGCGGGCGGUGCAGCUCGACCCCUACUGCCACGAGGCGCUGGACAGGCUGGUAGGCAGCCACCUGCUGACGCACGACAGGGAGGUGGCACUGGUCAGCGGCCUGAGCCUGCACGCAGAGGACGAGUGGCUGCGCCACUUGUACGCGGCGAAGCUGCUCGCCGCGAGAAGCGGAGCUGGGCCAGACCUGCCGAUCUCUGCCAGCGACGACGCGGCUUCGCUGCAGGAGCAUCGAGCCCCCGGCGGCCUCGCGCCGGAGCAGGCAGCCUCGGCCCUCCUCGGCGCCGCGGCCGCGGAGAGAGGGUGCCGUGCAGGGGGUCCGGCUCCGCAGCGGCCUCUGCAGGACGAGUACCCGGUUCCUCGGCUGCCACCCGGGCUGGCGCGCAACGGGGACGUCCUGGCUGCCAUCGCGGCGAGGCACUUCUGCGAGGGGCUCUACCAGUCGUGCUACCAAGUGUCCAAGGGCGUCCUGGAGGAGGACCCCUAUCAUUUGAAGGUGAUGCCGGCACACGUGGCUUCGCUGGUCAUGCUGGAGCAGAAGAGCUUAGUGUACUACGUGGCGCACAAGCUUGUGAACGCUUACCCGUCCUCUGCGGUAGCCUGGUUCGCAGCGGGGUGCUACAACUACAUGGUCAAGAAGUACGAGCCCGCCAGGCGCUUCUACCACAAGGCGCUCUCGCUCGACCACACCUUCGCCCCUGCUUGGGUGGCCUACGGCCAUGCCUUCGCAAGCCACGACGAGAGCGAUCAAGCUCUCGCUGCAUACCGGACGGCGAGCCGCCUCUUCCCUGGCUCGCACCUUCCAUGGAUCUUCAUCGGAAUGGAGUACGUUCGCACGAAUUCCCUGCAGCUGGCGCAGCAGUGCCUGGAGUGCGCACGCUCGCUCAUGCCGUCCGACCCCCUGAUCUACAACGAGCUUGGAGUUGUGGCCUUCCAGCGGAAAAACUACAAGCUAGCCUGUGACCUCCUCGCGCGGGCGCUGCAGUUGUCCAGCUUCCCCCAGGAGGCCACCUGUGCCAACCUGGGCCACGCGCUGCUGAAAUGCAGGCUGUACGGUCGUGCCCUGGAGGCGUUCCAGCAGGCCAACCGGCUCAACCCGCGGAGCGCUCCUGCGCUCACGGGCAUCGGCUUCUCUCUCCAGCUGUUGGAGAGACCGGAAGAGGCCAUUGAGUACUACCACCGGGCGUUGGCGCUGCGCCGCGAUGACCCGGUUGCGGCAGAGAUGCUCGGCUAUGCAGCGCAGGAGGCUGCCGAAGCCGUGAGCUGGAACAUGGAGCUGUGAGGGCUGUGAGAGCUGUGAGGCUGUCCGCUGUGAGCGGAUUGGCAGUGCAGGUGCAGCUCUGCUCGGGGGGGGGCCGAUUCCUGGGCACUGUCGUGACGAAAAGGAGUGUCGGCCCUUCAAACAGUGACAGCUUC